CGCGUUUGCAUUGAAUGGGGUAGUAUUUUGCACGCUGCGGAGUACCUAUAUAAAUACAUUUGAAAAGCUAGAGUUUAAAUCAUUACACUAACGUAUUUACUGUCUUUAUGAGUUAUAAACACGCUUAAAAUGAGUAAAAAUAACUAGUGUAUAGAUUAAUGUGUCCAUGUCAAGCGAGCCAUGAGGCUUACAUGUCAUGGUGGUAGUGAAAGUACAGAGGGCCCGAGUAUUUCGCCACACAUCGACUGCAAAAAUCUGGGCUUGGAUAAUCAAAGUGCUUCCGUUCCUUUUAGUGUUAUUUGUAGUCUGUGCCAUGUGCUUUAUAGCUAUAACUCGCGCUCCUGCUUUGCAGAAACGAAAUUCACUCAAGGUCAACAGUCUUCAAUUGGCAAAAUUAAAACCAAAUCCAGGUAGCAGUGUACUGAACAAUGAUUUCCAAUUAGAACGUUUAUUAAAGUUAAAACCGCCAAGUGUUAAUUUAUUCAUCACUCAGUUGAAGAAUGAAGCUAAUAGAUAUUGUACGGGGAAAUUAGUAGAACUACAAGCUAAUGUAGAGAAAUCGAAAGUCAUUUCAGAACGAUUGGAGCCAUGUCGACCAAUACCAUGGUGUCCAAAAAUACCACCAGUGUUAUACGGAGCUGAAAAAUUGGAUAGUUCCGCUGUUAAUAUGACCGAAGAGGAAAUCGUGGAUGCUGUGGGAGCAAUGGGUGUUGGUGGUUCUUGGGCUCCCGAUGAUUGCAAAGCUAGACACUCUGUGUGCAUUAUUAUACCCUACAGAGAUAGAAAGGAUCAUCUAUGGACAUUACUCUAUAGGCUCAUACCGGUGUUGAAACGGCAACAAUUGGAUUUUAAGAUAUUCGUCGUUGAACAAGUCAGUAACGUAACGUUUAAUAAAGGAGCAAUUAUGAACGCUGCUUUUUUGACCAUUUAUCGAACAUUCGGUUUACGAGGUGAGGACGAUUGGCAUAAAGGAUUGUACGGCUGUUAUGUUUUUCAUGAUGUCGACAUGUUGCCCGAAGACGAUCGAAAUAUGUACAGUUGUUCAGAAUUUCCUAGACAUCUGUCUGUAGCUGUGAAUGAAUUUAAAUACCAAUUACCUUACCACAAUUUGGUGGGCGGCGUGUUCAACAUAAGACCCAAUCAUUAUUUUCUGGUCAACGGCUAUUCGAAUCUGUUUUGGGGCUGGGGAGGCGAAGACGAUGAUAUGGGAUACAGGUUGGAACAGGUCGGCUUGCCCAUUACUCGACCACCGGAACAUCUCGGCCGUUACACGAUGGUCAAACACGUGAAACGGAGACCGCUCGCCCACGCAGUGCGUUUGAAACUGGUGCACACAAGUCAGAAACGUUACAAAUCCGAUGGGCUAAAUACACUCAAGUACGAAGUGUUCAGAGUCGAUUCCGAGAAACUAUACACCAGGAUACUGGUCGACGUCGGUGACAUGCCUGAUUACGUCCGGUCGUUCGAAAUCGUUAAGCGACCAGUCACUACACAAAAUAAAAAAUGGAAAUAAUAUUAUUAUUAUACUCUAGCAUUCAAAUGUACUUAGAUUACAUAUUAUAUAUUUUUGUAUAGUGUUUUACUCGUUAAGACGUCUACCUUAUAUAUAUAUAUAAAGAUAUAUUUAUUUGUUUAACGAAUUUUGUUUUAGAAUAAUACUAUACGAUCACAGAUUAAACAAUGGGUUUUAUGUAAUUUGAGGUAUUAUGUUC